CAGUCAGACGCUCAAAUGUCAGAGGCACAGGCAGAGGAUUCGAAAGCAGGUUGCACCUCAGAGCCGUCGGACAGGUCCACGUUUCAUUCUGUGUGUGUUUGUGAGAGUGUGUGCGCGCGCACGCACGCGCGCAGCGCCCCCGGCUCUGUGUUUUCGCUGCACUUUCCUGUCGCCCUCCCGCUGCCCCGCCAGUUCCGGGGAGGGCCCUGGGCCAGCGCUGCCCCCACGCCACCCCCGUGCAUAAAGAGCGGCCUCCCCGCGGCCAGCGCAGCUGCCCCAGCUCCGCCGCCCGGGACGCGCCCUGCCCCAGCCCCGGCCCGCGGCUCCACCAUGGAAGAACCGUGCCGCCGCGUCCUUCUGGUGCUCGGCCUCUUGCUGAUUCUGUCAGAAGCUGAAUCCCAGACAACACGAUCCUGCGCUCCGUGGUGCCCCGAACAUUCCACCUGUAUCAGUGCCACCGCCUGUCGCUGCAAUCCGGGAUUCAUAGCUUCAUUUGGGGAAAUCGAUAGCCCUUUAAAGAGUUGCGACGACAUCAACGAGUGUGCGCAACCCACAGCUGUGUCCUGCGGGUCACUGGCGGACUGCCAGAACGUGUUGGGGAGUUAUUAUUGCGUGUGCAGCCCGGGUUAUGAGCUUGCGUCUGGGAAUAAAACGUUCAAGAAUGAGAGUGAGAACACGUGUCAAGACGUGGACGAAUGUCAGCGGAACCCCAGAAUCUGUAAGAGUCGAGGCACCUGCAUCAACACCCUGGGAAGUUAUAGCUGCCAGUGUCCGUCUGGCUUUCAGUUCAAAGCGGAGGACCCAAGGGUGUGCACAGACGUGAACGAAUGCAGCUCGGGGCACAACCCGUGCCACAGCUCCACUCACUGCCUGAACGUCGUGGGCAGCUAUCAGUGCCGCUGCCGCCCGGGCUGGAAGCCCAUCCCCGGGUCCCCCAAUGGCCCGAACACCACCGUCUGUGAAGAUGUAGACGAGUGCAGCUCCGGGACACAUCACUGCCACAAUUCCACGGACUGUGUCAACACCAAAGGCGCCUACGGGUGCCACUGCCGCCAAGGCUGGAAGCCCAUCUCCGGGUCCCCCAAUGGCACCAACACCACUAUCUGUGAAGAUGUAGACGAGUGCAGCUCCGGGACACAUCACUGCCACAGUUCCACUGUGUGUGUCAACACUGAAGGCGCGUAUGGGUGCCGCUGCCGCCGAGGCUGGGUGCCCACAGCCGGGUCCCCCAAUAACCAAAAAAACACCGUCUGUGAAGAGACCUCCUUGCCCCCCUGGACCCCACCUCCUGGAAUCAGCAGCCAGAGUCUCUCCCAGUUUUUUGACAAAGUCCAGGCUCUCCGCAGAGACUUCAAGCCAGCAACAGCCCGGGAUACCAUGCAGAAUCUCAUCAAGUCAGUGGACGAGUUGCUGGAUGUCCCUGGGGACCUGGAGACCCUGGCCCUGCCCGAUCGCCACCGCCUGGCCACCCACCUCCUCUCGGGCCUCCAAGAAAUGCUUAGAACCCUGGGGGAGACGUUGUCUGAAGACUCCCUUACCUACGUCAGCCCCGGGGACACAGAGCUGUCCCUGAUGGUCCAGGAGCAGGGAGCUGGAAACGUCACCGUGGGCCAAAGCCACGCGCGGAUGCUACUCGACUGGGCCGUGGCAACCAGAGCCGGGGACUCAGGCCCCACCGUGGUGGGCAUCUUCUCCAGCAAGAAAAUGCAGAAACUGCUGGCCAACGCCUCCCUGACCCUGGAUCCCGUGAAGAAAGCCGAGCUGGAGGAGAGCCACGAGGGCCCUGUCCGCGGCGCCCAGCUCGAGCUCCUCUCGGCCGUCAACUCCGUCUUCCUUAGCAACAACGACACCGAAGUGCUCACGUCCCCUGUCACCUUCGCCUUCUCCCACGAGCCAGAGAUUCCUGGGCUGCGGCAGGAGCUGCUCUGUGCCUCUUGGAAGGCAGAUGGCAACGAAGGCGGACACUGGGCCACCGUGGGCUGCCGGACACUGGGCAGCAGAAAUGGCAGCACCACCUGCCGGUGCAACCACCUGAGCAGCUUCGCCAUCCUCAUGGCCCACUAUGACGUGGAGGACCCGAAGCUGGCCUUGAUCACCAGGGUGGGGCUGGUGCUGUCGCUGAUCUGCUUGCUGCUCUGCAUCCUCACCUUCCUGCUGGUGCGGCCCAUCCAGGGCUCGCGCACCACCGUGCACCUGCACCUGUGCAUCUGCCUCUUCGUGGGCUCCGCCAUCUUCCUGGCCGGCAUCGAGAACCAGGGCGGCCAGGUGGGGCUGCGCUGCCGCCUGGUGGCCGGGCUGCUGCACUACUGCUUCCUGGCCGCCUUCUGCUGGAUGAGCCUGGAGGGCCUGGAGCUCUACUUCCUGGUGGUGCGCGUCUUCCAGGGCCAGGGCCCGAGCACGCGCUGGCUCUACCUGGUCGGCUACGGCGUGCCCGGCCUCAUCGUGGGCGUGUCGGCGGCCGUCAACCCCCAGGGCUACGGCCGCGUCCUCUACUGCUGGCUGGACCCGGCUCGCGGCUUCCUCUGGAGCUUCCUGGGACCCGUGACAGUCAUCGUUUUGUGCAAUGCCCUCAUCUUUGUCAUCACCGUCUGGAAGCUCGCUCAGAAGUUUUCUGAAAUCAAUCCAGACAUGAAAAAAUUGAAAAAGGCGAGGGUGCUGACCAUCACGGCCGUGGCCCAGCUCUUCGUGCUGGGCUGCACGUGGGUCUUUGGCCUGUUCCUCUUCAACCCGCACAGCUGGGUGCUGUCCUACACCUUCACCGUCCUCAACUGCCUGCAGGGCCUCUUCCUCUUCCUCCUGCACUGCCUGCUCAACAAGAAGGUGAGAGAGGAGUACCGGAAGUGGGCCUGCCUGGUCACGGGGAACAAGUACUCGGAGUUUGCCUCCACCAUGUCCGGCACCAGCCACAACCAGACCCGGGCCCUGCGGGCGUCCGAAUCGGGCAUGUGACGGCAGCUCGGCCAGGCCAGCGGCCCCAGUGGCCUCAGCAGCUUUUGCACAGGCUGAAGACUGUUCUUUCUUUCCCACUGCUCUGCUCCCCCCCAGCCUCCCACCUCGGCCCCCAUGGGCACCAGGGAGAGGGGGUGACAGCUGGGGUUCUGUCGCUGAACCCCAGAAAGCUCAGCCAAGGCGGACAGUCAAGCCAGCCACCUCUUUCUGCUGCACCCAGCUGUCUUGGCUGCGACCUGGGGAAGGGGCAGAAGCUGGCCCCGGCUGCAGCCCCCUGCCCCAGUGCACGUCCCAGAACUGGUGGGGGGUCUGGGUGCUGGGGUUCAGCUUCCCUCUGAAACUAAGACUGAUGUCAGGGCAGCGGGGUAGGUCCUCCCCGCCCCAGCUCUGCUGCCUCAAGCUCACGGUACAGACACUUCUGCCCCCUCAUGGGGCAGAAGAUUCGAACUGUUUUGAAGGUUAUAGAUGUUGUGUAAUAUAUUUUUGUCUAAAUCUUUCAAUGUUGACCCUUAAAAUUAAAUCCCAUGCCAACAUAGACUGGUGACAGCGUUGCUCACUGGCCAGGCCCAUGGCUGAGAACAGAUGGGAUGGGAGCCAGGCUUCCAUAAUAAAAAUUUAUUCUUACACAAA